GGGGAAGUGCAGAGUAGGCUGGGGCUCAGGGGUGGGGUUGGAAAAUGCAGAAGGAGCAACAGCUUGAGCUCUGGGACUACAGUGGACAGAAAGUAAGAGCAUGGUGUGCUCUCAAUGAAGGAGUGAGCAAGAGGAAGCCAGAAAGAGAGAUGAAAGGAAACAAGACACAUCAAUCUACGUAAAGGAGGGCGUGCGGACAAGACGGACAUUGUAGUUCUACUGGAGCCGAGUGGAGAGGGAGAAAAGAGGGGGGAAAGAAGAGAAAGAAAGGAGAGAGGCGCAUGAGGUAUUUUUAUAGGGCACAGACAGAGAUAUGAUAGCCUGCUUACAGAAGCUGUGUGCCUGGAAACGCUCAGAGAGAGCGAGUGAGAGAGAGAGAGAAAGAAAGAGAGGGUGGAAAAGGAGGGGGAGUGAGUGAGACAGAAAGAUUAACCAGUCAGAAAGAGCGAGAGUGAGCAGUGACGUACAAUCAGGGAGAAAUAGCAAGGGAGGGAGGAGGGUGCAUGAGAAGUAGAAAAAAUAAAAUGAAAGAGGGGAAAGGUGCCAAAACAAACUAAUGUGUCAGUGCUGAGUGAGGGACACUAGGAGAGAGGGAGAGAGAGAGAAGAGGAGAGGGCCAGCCAGAGGACCUAGUAGGGGGAGAGAGGCAUGAGGGGACUGUUCUGCUUUAUGCUCACCCUGUCCAUCCUGGGGACUGUCCUGACUGCACUCGUCUGGUACGUCUUCAGAGACCGCAAUGUCCAACCUGGCAGACCCCCCCACAAAGAUCCUAUUAUGAACUCUGGGGCAGUCCCCUCCGGAACAUGCAAGGGCUGCAGGGAUACAGUUACUGAAAAAGUGGUGGAGCGCUACUCUCACAGCUGGAAGAAGCAGGAGGACAAGUUCAGAAAUUUCAGGUCUCUUCUGAGUAACAGAUGUCAUGGACUCACCAAGGCUAUGGUGACACAGGCCAACACUCCUCUGGGGUCAAAGGUUGUGUACGAUGGAGAGAAGAGGAAGCCUCUUCAGGUGACCCCUGAACUGUUCAGCACCUUUGCUAAGGAGAAUCCUUUUGUGAAUACAACAUGGGAUACGUGUUCUGUCGUUGGGAAUGGUGGAAUCCUAGCUAAUAGCAGCUGUGGAGAGAAAAUCGACUCCGCCCAGUUUGUUAUCAGGUGUAACCUCCCUCCUCUGGAGAACGGCUAUGAGAGAGACGUGGGCAACAAGACAGACCUGGUGACAGCUAAUCCCAGCAUCCUCAUAGAGAAAUAUGGGGGCCUGCAGGAGCGUCGUCGGCCCUUCGUGGAGAACCUGCGUAGCUAUGGCGACUCCCUGAUGCUCUUGCCAGCCUUCUCGUACGGCCCCAACACGCCCGUGUCUCUGCGGGCCCUCUACACCAUCCAGGACUUUGACAGCCCCUUGCGGCCCGUCUUCCUCAACCCAGAGUACCUACAGAGUCUGGCACACUUCUGGCAGGGCCAGGGCCUGCGGACGGUACGCCUCAGCACAGGACUCAUCGUGGCUAGCCUGGCGCUGGAGCUGUGCUCCAAUGUGCAUCUCUACGGGUUCUGGCCCUUUAAUGAACACCCCCACCGACACCAGCCCCUCGCCAACCAUUACUACGACGACAGGCAGAGUAAGAAGACGGUGCACGCCAUGCCCGCUGAGUUUGACCACCUGCUAAGACUCCACAGCCAGGGCGUGCUUAGGAUACACCUGGGAGAGUGUGCGCCCGCGGCCAGGUAGGCCCCACCCCUUUACCGGAACUUUACCUACAGCUAGGACAGACACAACAGGGACAUAGGGCCCUCCUAUAGGCUCUCUCAGGAGUCUUACCCAGUCAUGCACUUACCCAGUCAUGUCUUUGCUACCUGCCAGAUGGGAUGGCCCCAACUGGCCCAGAACACUCUGCUAUUCAGCACAGGGGCAUGUUUUAUGUGACGUAUGUCUGGUCACAGUGGAGGAGCAAGGGGGAGGCUAGGACGUUUAGUCUCCCCAGCAGCCAUUUGUAGAUUCUCAGUGUGAGAGUUUGCAGAACAGGUUGAUCCGCAAUCAAAUCAUUUGCACUGUACCCAAAAUGGGUGUAAAUACAUGAAAUAUGCAUAUUAUAUACUGUAUAGAUUUACAAUUAUGUAUUUAUCAUCAAGUGUUCCAGCUGGAAUCUAGAGAAUGUUUUUGUUUUGUUGAACUUAAAUACAACGUGUUUUAGAACAUGUAUGGUUUAGAUGAGGCCUUCCCAACUACAGAGGUAGUGUAGGUAGUGUAGUGCCUAAUAUGACUCACCUUCCUGACUGUAGCCUAAAAACCCACAUGCGAGCCUUUAAGAGUUAACUGAAUGUAUGGUCAUGUCAAUCUAAUACCUCCUGGAUUGGGCAAUCUUUAGCUGGACUGUUACAUUCAGAUUUAUAUUUAAUAUCGAUGAUGAUUAAUUAUCAUAUCUCAUUAUGACAUAGUGUAUAAUACAUUCAAUGUGGUACUGGGUCCUUCCAUGAAAUGAGUCCCUUUUUUGUCUCUUUGAUAUUUUAAGUAGAAAUUGUGCACCAAUAUUGAAUUUUAAAAGACUGCUAAAUUAAAUGAAGCGCCCUUUAAUGUAGAGCACAUGGAAAAUUCAAGAAAUCAUAUUUUUUUAUAUGAAUAAAGACUUCUGAAUUUUA